AUGUUCGGCAUGUUCAAGAAGAAGCAAUCCAGCGGCAGCAGCCGCCGGCGCUACCAGCAACCUGCAUUCCCGGAAAACUUUGCCCCGGACUUUACCGUGCGCCCUGGCGACUCGUACAUUGCGGCGGCCUCUGCUGCUGAGGAUUAUCUGGCCGAGACGGACUUUGUGAUGCGCCACGACCAUACCUCUUACGACGCUUCGCAGCCUUUCCAACCAGACUUUGCCAAGCGUCCGGGCCACACGUACAAUGCUGCUCAGCCCGCCUCCAGUUUUUCUUCUUAUGAUACUGACUUUGCUCCUCGUGUUCAGGAUAGCUACAACGCCGGCCAGCCUCUGACGGACUACAACACCACCGGUUCUGGUAUAUACGCCCAGCCCACUUCUCUCUCGUUUGCGCCCAUCCCGUCCUCAGAUCCAGCUCCUGGUCUCCACCGCUCCAAUGUCACCCGCAAGGCUUCGACGUCGUCUCACCGAAGUGGCCACCACUCUUCUCAACGCCACUCCCAUAGCAACUCUUCUCGUUCAGAGGGCCAUGCUCACUGUGACUCGUCUUCCCGUCAUAGCCCGUCUUCACACUCCUCGUCCUAUCACAAAUUUCACUCCAAUCACCACCAGGCUUCCUCUUCUUCUCACCGCCGCCAUCGGGAGCCUCACCAUUCGUCGCAGCGCCACACGCAAUACUACGACUGUGUUGAGUACCAGUAA